AUGACCAAGGCUCAUUCCACCAAGUCCCGGUCCACAACUCGCCAUUGUCGAGGUUCUUCACCAUACUUGGGUGAUAUAAUCUACAAGAAGAAACCCUCCGAUGGCCACAUUCGACGUCCUCGAAACGCGUUCAUUUGCUAUCGAUCGUGGUUUGUCGCGCAAGCUAAGGAGGCAGCAGCGCAACCAAAGUCACUCGACCAAACUACGCUUAGCCAGAGCGCUGCCAUUUCUUGGAAGGCCUUACCCGCUCACGAGAAAGCGCGCUUCCGGCAGGAGGCAACGGAGGAGAAAGAAAGACAUGCAGAGUUGUACCCCGACUACAAAUACUGUCCCAAUGGUGUCGGGCCUGCUCGGAAGUCGACUUCAUACCCUUCUUCUCGCAGCUCUGCCUCAUCUAUGAGCCCACCCCCGCCAAAACUGCGUCUGCCUUCCCCCAAAGUUCGCUCCAAACGCGUCGUUGCAACGAAAGUUCCGCUUCAAGUUGACGAACCAGAUGUCAAACCCAAGAAGGAAGAAAUUCUCCCCUUCUACAGCCCUUCAUCGGUCCACAAGGACCCCUCCCCAUUCAAAUCAACACUGCUCCCUUCGACCAUCGUCUCCCUCAGCUUCGUUCCAGACGACGAGCCCGCAUUUGCUUCUACUUCCCGUGCGCCUGAAACAACACCAUUCGUCUCUUAUGCGUCCCCAUCACCACCGCCUAUGCCGCAACCGAUGGACAGCUUCAACUUCGAGGCGUGGACAUACGAGUUCGGACUGGAGCACGAGAAAAUAGACAUGGACUGGGUGUUUGCUUCACCGACACCUUACAGCUUUUACGACUCGCCGGAGCUGGAGGGCUUCAGGUCGAGCCAGUGUUUCGUGGACGAAUUCGGCUUGGUCGGGCUUGGAUAUGGUCUCGGAGUCGAACCUUCAGAAGAAGAACGCGACCAGCAUCUCACGAAACUGUUGUACCAGUAA